CAUCGGAAGAUGGUGCCAGAAACAUUAUCUGAUUGAUAAAACAAACCAACCCCUUCAUUACUCUUUCCUUUUGCUUGAAUUGAUUCCCAAAUCUCCUACACUACUCUUCACUUCCCCUUCUCCCCUCUGCACAUCAGUCAAUUCAAUGGCUACCUCUUCUUCCUACGAGAAAUUUGAAAUCAGGAAACGAAACCCAGAUCCCAAAACCUCUAUCCUCUUAGUAAUCGACAUGCAGAACUACUUUUCCUCAAUGGCUGAGCCCAUCCUACCGGCCAUCGGAACCACCAUCGAUCUCUGUCGCAACGCCUCCGUCCCCGUGAUCUUCACGCGCCACUGUCACAAGUCCGCCGCCGACUACGGGAUGCUGGGCGAGUGGUGGAACGACGACCUCGUCCUGGACGGCACCGUCGAGGCGGAGCUGAUUCCGGAGGUGGGUCGGAGAGCCACUGGCGACGGCGAGGUAAUGGAGAAGAACACAUACAGCGCGUUCAGGGGCACGCGCCUGGAGGAGCGUCUGCGGGAGAUGGGAAUUGAGGAAGUGAUCGUGAGUGGGGUGAUGACGAACCUGUGCUGUGAGACGACGGCGAGGGAGGCGUUCGUAAGAGGGUUUAGGGUUUUCUUCUCCACGGACGCGACGGCCACGUCGUUGCCGGAGUUGCAUGAGGCCACCUUGAAGAACAUGGCUUAUGGGUUCGCUUAUUUGGUUGAUUGCAAGAGGCUUCAAGAGGCCUUUUCCAUGAAGAAAUAGAGUCUCACUGUCGUCUGGGAUUUGGGAAGAAAUGACAGAGAUGGCAAAUAGUAGGGACCUACAUGUUCAAGGUUUUUCUUGUGUGUUUUGGGUGUGCGACCAGUUAAACAUACACAAGCAACAAUCUAAGCGAUAUUUGUGUGCAAAAGAUGCAGAAGAAGAGUUUAGCAACAACCCUUUCAAGCAAAGAAGAAGCAGAAAACAGAAAUCAACAUAAUGGAAAGCAAAAAACACUGGUGUUUCCAUCAUGGAUCUUCCUUCCUUCAUCAUUGUGGCUAUUCUUUCAAGGCUUCCAAUCAGGACCCUCCUACAGUGCAGGUGUAUUUUCAAUAAUGUUCGGCUGGCAAGAUCGGCCUUCAUCAAUAUUGUGUUUCGUGUGCAUAAUGGUUUCUACUUGCUUGAACUUGGACAUGACCAUGACUGUAACUACACUCACCAGCCUCACGGACCAAUGUGGUUCAAAAACCCACUCAAACUUGGACAUGACAGUAAGUACGCUCAUCAACCAAUGUGGCUCCCACAUGCCAAUGCGAUUGAACCUCACAGACCAAUGUGUUUUAGAAUGACAUUUUACAUCCCUCACAGAGAGCUAGAAUUAGUGGGUUCUUGUAAUGGUUUGCUCUGUUUCUCUGAUUACUACCAAACUAUUGACCGUGUUUACAUAGUCAACCCAAUUUUUGGAGAAUAUGUUGCCCUUCCAAAACCUGAGUAUAAAGUUAUUCGUGUGGCUUAUGGGUUUGGAUUUGGAUGUAGUUCGGGCACAGGCCAGUAUAAGGUCCUAAUGAUAAUAAGUAAAACGGUUGAGGUUUGUACUCUUACAUCUGGUACAUGGAGAAAACUGGGAGAUGCUCCAUUCCAACUUUUGGUAAAUCAGUGUGGGGUUACUCUGAAUGGGGCUGUUCAUUGGAUUGUCCCUUGUUCAGAAUGUAUAUAUUCUUUUGAUAUCGACGAACAAUUUCACCCAAUUCCACUGCCUCCAAAUUUUGAAAAUGGAUAAUGUUAUGUCAGAUUGGGAGUGCUAGGGAACUGCCUCUGUGUAUUUGACAAUUCCUGGCGUCAUCUUGAUAUAUGGUCGAUGAAAGAUUAUGGAGUUGCUACGUCUUGGACUAAAGAUUGCAUUUUGAAUAACACAAUUCCGUCUGGGCUGGAUAACGGACCACUUUGCCCAAUCACAAUUUGGAAAGAUGGAGAGAUCUUGAUGUCAUGUCUGGGUACUCUGAUUUCUUAUAAUCCAAAACAAAGGAAUUUUACUCAACUCAGGGUUGAUGGUAUUGGAUCAGGGUUCAAAGCUGUUACUUUUGUCUCGAACUUUCAUUCACUCAAGGAUUUUCCAUUGGCAGAAUGUUUGAGGAUUUUGAAUGUCAAUUCAUACUAGUCUCGUACCACUUACAGUUCCACCAGUACGUUGUAAUACUCCCUUGAAUGCCUUAUUAGUUAUCAUUUCUUUGCACUUAUACCUGAAUAAAAUGUGUUUGAUUAUUAUAAACUAGACUCUUCAUAUAAUGAAGUUUUAAAUGUCAGAUGUAUAUACAGUUUUUUUCUUGUUCUCGAAA